GUGCGCAUGCGCGGAGCGCGGCGCGCUCGGUGGUUGGGCCGAUUGCUGUUCGGCCCUGGGAUCCGCGGCAUCUUCGGGCGCCUUCGGCUUUGACCUGCGCGCCGCCUUGAGCUCUCGGAUUCGAGCGGGCGCAAAGGAGCCUGGGGGCAUUGCCCGCAGCGGCCUAGCUAAUGGCCGGCUGAGCGGGACGCCGCCUCCGCCUCAGCCACCGCCGCCGCCGCCGCCGCCGCCUCCUCCUCAGCCGGCGGCGGCCCGGGCCCAGCAGCCAUGGCUGAAGACUACUGGGACGGGCGCCUGCGGCGAACCGGAGGAGAGGGAGGUCGUGCGGCCACAGCCCAGGCCGCCGCCCCAGGCGCCGCCGCGCCGGCCCCGCGGCUCUGAGCUUGCUCGCGUGCCCCCGCCGGUCGCCAUGGAUCGGAUGAAGAAGAUCAAACGGCAGCUGUCAAUGACACUCCGAGGUGGUCGAGGUGUAGAAAAGACCAAUGGUGCCCCUGAGCAGAUAGGCCUGGAUGAGAGUGGCGGCGGCGGCAAUAACCUUGGAGAGGCGCCCACACGAGCUGCCCCUGGGGAACCUCGCUCAGGUCGAGGCCCACUCAGCUCUGCACCUGAGAUUGUCCAUGAGGACUUGAAGAUCGGGUCUGAUGGUGAAAGUGAUCAGGCCUCGGCCACAUCCUCAGAUGAGGUGCAGUCACCAGUAAGGGUGCGCAUGCGCAACCAUCCCCCACGCAAGAUCUCCACUGAGGACAUCAAUAAGCGCCUGUCAUUACCAGCUGACAUCCGGCUGCCUGAGGGCUACCUUGAGAAGCUGACCCUCAAUAGUCCCAUCUUCGAUAAGCCUCUCAGUCGCCGCCUCCGCCGUGUCAGUCUGUCUGAGAUAGGCUUUGGUAAAUUGGAGACUUACAUCAAGCUGGACAAGCUGGGCGAGGGUACAUAUGCCACUGUCUACAAAGGCAAAAGUAAGCUCACAGACAACCUUGUGGCACUCAAGGAGAUCAGACUGGAACACGAAGAGGGAGCACCCUGCACCGCCAUUCGGGAAGUGUCACUGCUCAAGGACCUCAAACAUGCCAACAUCGUCACACUUCAUGACAUUAUCCACACAGAGAAGUCCCUCACUCUUGUCUUUGAGUACUUGGACAAGGACCUGAAGCAGUACCUGGAUGACUGUGGAAAUGUCAUCAACAUGCACAACGUGAAACUGUUCCUGUUCCAGCUGCUCCGUGGCCUGGCCUAUUGUCACCGGCAGAAGGUGCUACACCGAGACCUCAAGCCCCAGAAUCUGCUCAUCAAUGAGAGAGGAGAACUCAAACUGGCUGACUUUGGCCUGGCCCGGGCCAAGUCCAUUCCAACCAAGACUUAUUCCAAUGAGGUGGUGACACUGUGGUACCGACCCCCGGACAUCCUACUUGGGUCUACCGACUACUCAACCCAGAUUGACAUGUGGGGUGUGGGCUGCAUCUUUUACGAGAUGGCUACAGGCCGGCCCCUCUUCCCAGGCUCCACAGUGGAAGAACAGCUGCAUUUCAUCUUCCGCAUCUUGGGAACCCCCACUGAAGAGACGUGGCCAGGCAUCCUGUCCAAUGAAGAAUUCAAGACCUACAACUACCCCAAAUACCGACCUGAGGCCCUUUUGAGCCAUGCACCUCGACUUGACAGUGAUGGGGCUGACCUCCUCAAUAAGCUGCUGCAGUUUGAAGGACGCAAUCGGAUCUCCGCAGAGGACGCCAUGAAACAUCCGUUCUUCCUCAGUCUGGGCGAACGGAUACAUAAACUUCCUGACACUACUUCCAUAUUUGCACUAAAGGAGAUCAUGCUACAAAAGGAGGCCAGUCUUCGGUCUUCAUCGAUGCCUGAUGCAGGCAGGCCGGCUUUCCGCGUGGUGGACACCGAGUUCUAAGCCACAGACCCAGGCCCCAGCAGGCAGCAGCUGGAGGGAUGCCACACCCCUCACAGGGCAGCCCCCAACUGCACCCUGCCUGCUUGUUGCCUACCUGCCUGCCUGACUCAUGCUAGUCUGCCCACAUGUACCCUGCUGCCUGUUUCAACACCUGAUCAUUGACCUGUCAACCCACCCAUUGGCCUGUCUGCUGGGUGCUAACAAAGCUCUCAUCGCUCCUCGCCUGGUCUGUCUGUGUUUCUCUCUGUCUUGGUAGUUGCUGGUGGACAGCAUGGCCGUGCCAGCCUCCCACACUGAGGCCAGGCAUGUAUUCCUCAUUGUUCGUCCCCCCAGGACCACUACCCCAUGGCCAGCCAGGGGUCCAGAGCUAGUCCAGGCUGGGGAUCUCGACUCAGACAAGAUGUGGUGAUGAUGCCUCGGGUUUGAGGCUUUCCCCGCCUGCUUUCCUGCCUGCCCCACCUGCCUUGUGUUGUGUGGGCUUUUUGUUUGUUUUGUUUAAUUCAUUUAUUUUUAUUUUAAAUGAGGUUUUCAUUUUUUAAAUGCAA